AUGGCGGACCCACUUCACUCCCCACCUGACCCAAAACCUCCCACUCCCGCCGCCGGAAAAUCAUCCACCAAGCGGAAGAACGCCGCCGCCGCCGCCGCCUGUCUGGCAAACAAACGCCCAAACAGAGAUCCACCCUCCACCACCACCACCACUGCUGACGUUGAACAUGCCACCACCAGCAAACGGAAAGAGAUUGGACAAGAUGUUGAUCUUGACGACAUUGAAGUGUUGGAGAGUAUUCUUGAUUAUCACUCCAAGAAAGGUGUAUUCCCGUUUGACAAUCCGACCGCCAUGAAAAACUUCCUCUACCCAUGGCUAAUUUUCCAUAUCGGAAACAAAGACGUAUGGAAAACGAAACUCGAACAGGUGAAGACGAAGUUUACGAAAGAGAGUGAUCCGAUCGAGGAUGGUGAUCGGAAGGAAUUCGAAUUGUGGAUGAAGAUUUGGGGGAAUGAAGGUGGUGAUGAUCAUGAUCCAAGUGUGGGUUUCUAA